AAUAAAAUUGGAAAAAAGAUCAACAGCACAAAACCAAUGCAAUAAGCCUUUUGCAGAUUAUUGACAUACUGUAAACAUAGACAGACUAGAGGAUGGGGCGUUCAUCAAAAGAUAAGCGAGACAUCUACUACAGGCUUGCUAAGGAAGAAGGUUGGAGAGCCCGUAGUGCCUACAAACUGCUACAGAUCAAUGAAGAGUUCAACAUAUUUGAAGGCGUCAACAAAGUAGUAGAUCUGUGUGCUGCACCAGGUAGUUGGAGUCAAGUCUUAGCAAGGAAACUAAAGGCAGAUAAAAGCAAAGUUCAGUCAAAGGAAGAUCUGUCUGUUCAAAACAAAGAAAGCCUUUCAGUUAACACCACUGCAUCAGCAUAUAAUGAUCCUCCUCGUGGACAAAACAACUCUAACCCAGAAACAGUCAUAGAAAAUCCUGAGGGACACAAAGAAAAAUUAGUUUCAAAAAUACAGCAAUCAAAUACAAAUAUGGAAAUAACUGAUGGAGCUAGUAAAGAAGCAGGCAAAUGUCCUUCUGUCAGUGAAGAUAGCAAGAUUGUUGCAGUGGAUCUCCAGGCAAUGGCACCCAUACCUGGUGUGAUUCAGAUACAAGGGGACAUUACAAAGUUAUCUACAGCACACAAGAUUAUUGGGCAUUUUGAGGGUGACAAAGCAGACCUUGUGGUGUGUGAUGGAGCACCAGAUGUGACUGGUCUACAUGAUAUUGAUGAGUACAUACAAGCACAGUUAUUGCUGGCAGCACUGAAUAUCACAACACAUGUUCUGAAAAAGGGAGGAACCUUUGUAGCAAAGAUAUUUCGAGGAAAGGAUGUCACAUUGCUUUAUUCUCAACUGAAGAUAUUCUUCCCUCUUGUAACAUGUGCAAAGCCCAGAAGCAGCAGGAACUCAAGUAUAGAGGCUUUUGUUGUGUGCCAGAAUUACUCUCCCCCUGAGGGCUAUGUACCCAACAUGUCCAAUCCACUCCUUGACCACCAUUAUGAUGUUGACUUUAACCAGUUAGAAGGAGUGAAUAGAGUUAUUGUGCCAUUUCUGGCAUGUGGAGACCUCAGUGCAUAUGACUCUGAUAUGACAUACCCCCUUAAGCUAACUAGUGAUGCAGAUUAUGUAUACCACCCUCCAACCCAGGGCCCAAUCAACCCACCUUAUGAGGAAGCUUGUUACUUGAGAAAGAAUGAUCUCUUAAAUAAACCAAUUUCUCAAACUAAGGAGAAUUCCAGUGCAGACACUGACAAAAUGACUCUCAGUCCAAGUAACGAAUUUGACAUUUUACAAUCAAAAACUGAAACACUCUCACUAAAUGCUGGCUCCGACUCAGGAGAUGCUAUUAUUGUACAGUCAAGAACUUGUGAAUCAUGAAUACCACACAAAUAUAUACAUUUGUAUACAGAAUAAAAUUCUAUAAAUGGUGUUAUCUUUGUGGUAAACAUAUGAAAAACAAUGAUGAUUUGAUUAUUUUUCAAAGAAUGUCCCAAUUUCACCUCCUGAAAAAAACAAUGAGACUGUCCCAGUUUCACCUAUUGCAAAAACAAUGAUGUCCAUAAUCAGGUGCUCUCAUUGCCCUGAUCCCCCGAGUUCCAAUUAAGCGUUUUUAAACUUUGAGGAAUUCUUUCAGUACUAAUUGGUCAACAUGGGUUAUGUGAGUCAAUGUAUUGUUUCAUAUCUUGCACCUGCUACUUACUCGUAGGUGGUGUAGAUUUAUUAGCAUUUCUAGAUGCACAUGGGCGUAAAUGUAACCAGGGGACUACUAACAAAAUCACAUCAUGUCAGUUUUCAAUUUUUUCUUAAAGUUCAUGCCACAUCGAGAUUUUUUUCCUUUUGCAUAAUCAAAAUAGAAUUAAUUUCGUGAUUCAAAGAAAUGAAUUGGGAUGCUUGAAAUUUUAUCAUAAAUAAUUAAGUUUGAAAUUUCUAUCAACAAAAUUAUAAUUAGUGAACUGGGAUUUGAGGAAACCAUCAUGAUUGAAGUCCAAAGGGAUUAAGCUUUACACAAUGGUCUAUCGUUGUAUAUAUAAACACAGGAACAGUCCAAGUAGUCAGAAUAACAAAAACGCAAUGAAGAUGAUGAUGUUACUAAAGCUAGAACAACGCUAAUUUACUUCAACUUAUUAAAAUAUUCUUCAAAAAACUAAUCACCAAGCAGCUGAGACAGCAAAUCUUGAACGUAAACAAAUCAAAGGUUAUAAAAAUAAGCGUACAGGACACUUAUUUGCAACUUGCAAAACUUGUGCUAAGGACAUCUCACAGACAGGCAUGGCAAUGUCUCAAAGUUUGGUUUGUGUGAUUUUUUGCACAUUUCUAAUGGCAAGUCUCCACAAAGCUGAUGGACAAAGUGAAGGUAAAUAUGAAGUUGGUUAUGACAGAGAUAAAGAUGUGUUAUAAAGGGUACAUACACCAUGUGUGCUGUAGUAAUAGUAGAUUAGAAUUACUUAAUUAACUUGGCACCCAUUAUUUUGUUACUACACUGUAUUUAUUUCUGCUAAUUGGUCAACCUGUAGAACACAACGAGAAAUGUAUAAUCAUAGUUUAGACACUAUACUAUGAUUUUUUUUUUAUUUAUUUAUGUUUAUUUUGUCCACCAAUGAUGAUGUGUAUUCAUAUAUUUAAUUCAUAAGUUUAACAUAAAAGUAAACUAUAUUGUGGUAUAUUUUAUGUUUUUCAGUAAGUGUAGUCUAGAACUAGAUACAACUGCAUCUCAUAGUUUAUUAACAAAAUACCCUGGAACUUAUUUUCAAUCAAUUGUUUCUAAAUAGCUGAAUAACGCUGUCAUAAUAGAUGUCACCCUUGUUUGUCUUUGAUAUUCUUGGACUAGGCCUCCAUUC